ACAAGCUCCAAAAAAUUUUUUUUGUCUUAAUUAAAAAAAAGCAGUUGAAUGAAAAAAAAACAUUUGGCGGGAAACCGAAAAGCAGUAAACAUGCAGUCUCAAUUUAAUAGAAUUAAUAGAUUUAAUCCUUUUAUUUAUGAAAAGCAUUUGACAUCGUUUGGUAAAAAAGUUCUUAAAACACUAAUAUGUUUAUACACAACAGAGCGUCAGCGUGGUGUUCUCAACGUAACUCGCCGAAGUAAGCCCGUUCAAAACAAAAAAGUAUUAAAUUUUGAUACAAACAACCAAAAAAUACCUAAAGAAUUACAAAACAAUGACACAACUAUAGGUGUUCAAAACGAUUCAGAUAGUAAUAAAUUUAGUUUUCCACAAGAAAUUUCAACACGGAAUAUUUUGGAUAGCACUCACCACAAUGAACUCGAACAAUCUUUAAUAAUAAGUAUUGAUUCAAUUGCUGACAGUAACAAUAAUAUUGUCAACGAGGCAGCUUAUACUGAUGGUCCUGUCUAUGAAAAUCCCAAACGGACACCUGUCAAGGAUAGUUGCGUUUCUACUAAAGUAGACAAUAACUCGAGGGACUGUAAUAAUUGGGAUGCUAUGUUCGAUAUUGAUGUACUCACCACAAGUGAUAUGGUAAUGGCACUGGAUCAACAAGUGGAAGAAAGAUCAUUUGACUACACUGAUAGAGCUGUCUGUGAUUUAAAAAAUUAUAAAGAUGAAGUUGCACUAAAGAAAACGAAAUCUAAGAUGAAGCUUAAAAAGAAAGAAAGAAAAUCCUUAUAUUUACCAGAGAAAGCUAAUCUCCGAAAACAAAAAUAUACGAAGGCAGUCAAGAAUUGGCUUGAAAAUGUUAGUGUUUCAGAUGUAGGAAUAACUGAUUUAAUUAACACAAGAAAAUCGGUAGAGAUUGCUGAAAAGCCUGAUCAUUUUGAAAGUGAAAUUGAACACAUCGAUUCAAAAAAACAUUCAAAGAAGAAAGUGAUUCAAGCAAAACUAGCAAAUAAAGACGGUAUUAUGAAAUUUAGUAAGCCGCUAAAUACAGAAUUGAUUGAAGAUAUACAUAAUCAAGAAGAAGCAAUGGAUUCUGAAUUAAACAAUAAAAAAAUGAAAUCGAAAUUUGUAGCUCCGACUAAAUCCCAGAUACCGGUCAAAGAAAUUUAUUAUAAUCUGAUUGAUGUCAAUGAAAACACCAAUGAUAUUACUCAAUUAUCUGAAGUUAAUAAUCAAACAGCUACGGUCAUGUUGUAUUACAGCAACGGAUUUUGUCAGCUAAGCCUCCAUUAUACAGACGAUACUUGCCAGCCCACUGGUAUUAUAGUCCAUUUAGUUGAUAAAUUUUACGUUUUCAAAAGAAAGGUCGGCGUAAAGAUUUUAAAAGAUUUUUUUAAUAAUAACAAACUAAUCUGCUAUGAUGGCAAGGACAUAAUUAUUUAUCUUGCUAAUGACGGGAUCGAAUGUACAGAAUGUACAAACUGCAAUAUUAUAGAUGUGAAGAUAGGGUCACGUCUCCUGGACCCGGAUAACCCACCGGAAAACUUUUCCGAUGUGCAAAAACUUCUUUCUUUCAAACCUACCUACACUGUAGCUACGGAAUGCAACUUGCAAAAAGCUGCUUGGUACAUUACUAUCUUAGAGGAGUCAGCCGAGUUGCUGUUAGAAGCUUUAACAAAAGCUGACCUAUGGAAUCUUUUUGUUAAUAUAGAAAUGAAGCUUCUGCCUAUUAUUGCUGGAAUGGAACACAAUGGCAUCAAAGUAGACAUGGUUAAGCUCAAAUCCAUGGAGGAUGUCAUUUUGAAUAAACUCAAAGAAGUAGAGGCGGAGUGUCACAGCGCAGCCGGGAAGUCGUUUCAGAUUAAUUCCACUGCGCAAGUCCGGGCUAUAUUGUACGACGAAUUGGGUCUAGACACGAAAUGCCAUGUUAAGAUCAGGGAGACAGUUUCUAAGGGUGCUAAAUCUACAUCUGAAGCCAUGUUACGGAGUCUAGUUUCGGUCCACCCACUCCCGAGGCUGAUUUUGGAGUACCGGCGCUUACACAAGGCGCACGCAACGUUCCUGUCCGGGGUGGCGCAGCAUGCGGCCCACGGGCUCGUGCGCGCCACUUGGGUGCAGACAGCCGCGGCCACGGGGCGCAUAGCUUCCAAUAACCCAAAUUUACAAGCCAUACCUAAAACACCGUUUAGUCUUUCAAUGUUUCCGGAUGAUGCGAAAAAAGUGUACGUGUCUGGCGCGGACCGGUCGUUGUUGGGCGCCGACUUCCGGCACGUCGAGUGUCGCGUGUUCGCGCACGCCGCCGCCGACGCCGCCCUCACGCGCGCACUCAAUAGUAGGGACCUGUUCAAGGUGCUCGCCGCCAGCUGGUUAAAUAAACCGGAAAGCGAGGUGAACUCAGACGACAGAGAGCGCACCAAGCGUAUAGUGUACGCGAGCUUGUACGGAGCCGGCUCCAAGAAGCUGAUGGACAUCCUCAACAUCAGCUACGAGGAGACGCUCACCGUCACGGCCAGCUUCAACAGAACAUUUCCCGCUUUGAAAUGUUUCGGGCGCUCCGUAGUGUCCCGCUGCGCGCAGGACGGCGGCAAGCUGGCCACGCUCUGCGGCCGCGUCAGGCACUUCAGAAACAUCAGCAGUGCAGACUUUACUUUGAGGUCGCAGGCUGAGAGGCAGGCGGUCAAUUUUGUAGUACAAGGAUCAGCCGCAGACAUAUGCAAAACGGCAAUGGUACUGACGGAAGCUCGGCUUCGAGCUGCGGUCCCUCCUGUAUCAGCCCGACUGUUACUUCAAAUACACGACGAGCUGGUUUGGGAGGUGGCCGAUGAAGAUAUCAAAAGAGCAGCCGGUAUAAUUAAAGAAGUGAUGGAAGAUUGUGGGCGACACUGCUUUUUAACAAUCAGACUCCCGGUGUCAAUUUCCGUUGGGAAAAACUGGGGCGAGAUGAGUGAGUUUGAAGACUUUUAAGAUCCAAUUAUGUGUGGACAAGACUAUUGCUGUGUACUACUAUUGGAUAUCUUUUCGGAUAAUAUCCACUGAUUGUCGAAUGUUUGUGACUUAAAGAUUGUAAACAUCUUUCAAACGUCAAAGCCAAUGCGACAGUCAGUCUGAUUUAAUUGUUAAUUUUAAUAAAAUAAAUUUUAUUAUAACAUAAA